AUGGCUUUGUCUGCAGAAGCUAUCAUCUCUAUCGUGGGGACUAUCAUCAACCUCCCAAGUUGUGUCCUAGCGUUCUAUCAUAUGUGUAAGGGACAGAAGAAGGACCACCACAAGGACACUCGAGAUAUCGAACAAGGACAUAAACUGCCCCAACGAAUGACACAUUAUUCUGGUUAUCAUUCCAUUUGGAACCAGCAUCCAGAUUACCCCAGUCCAUGGGUUUCGUACAUCGUUCCAUCUCGCUUUCGAGGUUAUGAUCGAGUACAGCGAGGUCCUGCAUGGACCUUCUGA